AUGGUGGAGCUGGUAUCGUUAUUAAGCACCCAAAUGAAACUACAGAAACUACAAAUGCCGCCGCUGGAAAACACUGCAUAUUUAGAAGCAUUGAAAAAUGCCACCGGAAUGGCCACGGAAUCUGAUGAACAAAGCUCCCAAGUUGCAUUCUUCACUGAUGCACUAUCAGUUCUGGAAGAGCUCGCAAACAAAAAACUACCGCAGUUAGCCAAGGUAUUGCAACAAUUCAGUACUAGCAGCAGAGUUGCACUCCAGUGGAUACCUGCCCACUGUGGAGUUCCAGGCAAUGAAGCUGCUGACAAGCUUGCAAAAACAAGAAGCAAAGGCAGAUCAACCUAA